AUGACUACGAACGGUCACACGACGUCCCGAAGGGACCUGCCCUGCGGCAUCUACGCCCCGACCAUGACCUUUUUCAACCCAGAGACGGAGGAGCUCGAUAUCCCUGUCAUCAAGAAGCACGCCCAGCGCCUCGUCCGUGAUGGUCUAGUCGGCCUUGUAGUAAUGGGCUCCAACGGAGAGGCAGCCCACUGCACCCGUGAGGAGAAGUUGGCUGUGACAACAGCAACGCGGGAGGCGCUGGACGAGGCUGGCUUCAAGGACACCCCUGUCGUCGUCGGAGCCACAGAAGGCAGCGUGAAGGGAACCAUCGAGCUGUGCAAACUGUCCCAGAAGGCCGGCGGCGACUACGUGCUCAUCCUGCCCCCCUCGUACUUCCGCAACCAGAUGGACGAGGACGCCGUGUACGGCUACUUCACCGCCGUGGCCGACGAGUCCCCGCUGCCCCUGAUCCUCUACAACUACCCGGGCGCGGUCGCCGGCAUCGACAUGGACUCGGACCUGCUCAUCAAGCUCGCCCAGCACCCCAACAUCAUCGGCACCAAGUUCACGUGCGGCAACACCGGCAAGCUGACGCGCGUCGCCCUCGCGACCAAGGCCAAGACCCCCUGGUCCCGGGGCAGCGGCUACAUGGCCUUCGGCGGCGUGUGCGACUUCACCACGCAGACGCUCAUCUCGGGCGGCAGCGGCAUCAUCGCUGGCGGCGCCAACGUCAUGCCCAAGCUGUGCGCGCGCGUCUGGAGCCUGUACGCCGAGGGCAAGAGGGACGAGGCCGAGCAGCUGCAGAAGGUGCUGUCCAAGUGCGACUGGGUCCUGACCAAGGCCGCCGUGCCCGGCACCAAGCAGGCCAUCCAGAGCUACUUCGGCUACGGUGGGUACGGCCGCAGGCCGCUGAGGAGGCUGGACCAGGUCAAGGUGUCCGCCAUCGAAGAGGGCAUCAAGGAGGCCCUGGAGAUCGAGAAGUCGUUGUAG